ACAGUUUGGAUUGCUUCUGAGGCAUGUUCCGAGUGUCCUUGGCCUUGCUUGGCCUUGUCGCGACGCAGACAAGUGCCUUUGUUCUCCCCGCUACGAGGAUUGCCCGCGCCCCUGCGACCUCCCCCACUCAGCUUGCGGCGACAACCAUGCCAGCCGACGUAAAGCAGCAGCCCCACGGGGGGAAGCUCGUCGAAUCCAUGGUCGAAGGCGCAGAGGCGGAGGCUGCCAAGACCCGAGCCACUCAGGAGAUUCAGCUGAACGACCGGCAGCUGUGUGACGUGGAGCUCAUCAUCAAUGGCGGCUUCUCCCCGCUGACAGGCUUCAUGAACGAGGAGGAAUACAAAAGCGUGGUGGAGACACACCGGCUGCCCAACGGCCUCCUCUUCGGCCUGCCCGUGGUGUUUGACACGGACAGCGAGGAGGUGCAGCCGGGCGCCUCCCUCCUUCUCAAGCAGGGAGACCGGCCCAUCGCUGUCUUCGAUGUCUCGGCCAAGUACACGCCGAACAAGCCCCUGGAGGCACUCAAGUGCUACGGAACCUCCUCUCUGGAGCACCCGGGCGUGCAGAUGAUCGCCAUGGAGCGAGGCAAAUACUACCUGGGGGGUCAGCUCACGGGCUUGAACCUCCCCGUCCGGGACUUCAACUGCAAGACGCCUAAGGAAGUGCGCGCGGGUCUCCCCACGGGCAAAGACGUGGUGGCCUUCCAAUGCCGCAACCCCGUCCACAGGGCCCACUACGAGCUCUUCACCCGGGCCCUGGACGCUCCCAAUGUGGGCAAGGACGGCAUUGUCCUCGUGCACCCGACCUGCGGCCCUACCCAGGCAGACGACAUCCCCGGGAUCGUCCGCUACCGGACCUACGAGGUCCUGAAGGAGGAAACGGCCAACCCGCGCAUCGAAUGGGCCUACCUCCCCUACUCCAUGCACAUGGCGGGCCCGCGCGAGGCGCUCCAGCACAUGAUGAUCCGGAAGAACUACGGGUGCACGCACUUCAUCAUCGGGCGCGACAUGGCCGGGAGCAAGAGCUCGGUGACGGGGGAGGAUUUCUAUGGUGCCUACGACGCGCAAAACUUCGCCAAGUCCAUCUCGAAGGAGCUGGGCGUAGACACAGUGCCCUCCCUGGACCUGGUUUUCACGGAGGAGGAAGGCUACGUGACGGCAGAGCGGGCGAAGGAGGCGAACCUGCACAUCAAGAAGCUCUCGGGCACGAAGUUCCGGCAAAUGCUGAGGGCGGGGGAGGAUAUCCCCGAAUGGUUUGCCUUCAAGUCGGUGGUCCAGGUGCUGCGGGAGAACUAAGACGGAGAGGGGGGGGAAGAGGGGCGGGAAGCGUUGAAGGCCGACAGGGUCAGGCCGGGGAAAGAGGAGGGGGAGGGGGGGGGAAGCGAUG